UCACAUUUGCAAAGAUGGCUUCCAUCAAUGUCUUCCUCAAUCUCUUCAUCAUUCUCAUUGCAUUGUCAUCAUCGUCGGUGAAUGCGCAAGGCUUGAAAGUCGGCUUUUAUCAAAAGACAUGUCCUCAAGCCGAAGCCAUUAUCCUUAAAGAGAUGAGGAGAGUCAUCUCCCUAGCUCCCACCCUUGGUGCACCUUUGCUUCGCUUGCAUUUUCAUGACUGUUUCAUUAGGGGUUGUGAUGCAUCAAUUCUACUCAAUUCUAAGAAUGGAACUGCUGAAAAAGAUGGUAUCCCAAACUUAAGUUUAAGAGGUUAUGGUGUGAUCGAUGGAAUCAAGACCAAAUUGGAGAAAGCUUGCCCUGGAGUAGUCUCUUGUGCAGACAUCAUAGCUUUAGUAGCUAGGGAUGCUGUUUUUCUGAUAAAUGGACCAUUUUGGCCAGUACUAACCGGUCGAAGAGACGGCAUGGUAUCUAAUGCUAUAGAGACAAUUUUUGGACUGCCAUCCCCUUUCGCCAACAUUACUCAGUCAAAGGCCAACUUUGCUAGCAAAGGCUUGAGUGCUAAGGACCUUGUUGUUCUCUCCGGAGCGCAUACAAUUGGAACAAGUCACUGCCCAUCAUUCUCAUUAAGGUUAUACAACUUCACUGGAAAAGGAGAUGCAGAUCCUUCAUUGGAUAGGCAAUAUGCAGCAAGGUUGAGAUCUAAGUGCAAGCCAAAUGACAUAACUACCCUUGUAGAAAUGGACCCGGGGAGCUUCAAGACAUUUGAUACUAGCUACUACAAGCUUGUGGCAAAGAGAAGAGGGCUCUUCGUUUCCGACGAGGCUUUGCUUCAUGACCCUGAGACCAAGGCCUAUGUUCUCCGGCAAGCCGCCGGAACUUCGCCGGAGUUUUUCAAGGACUUUGGGGAGUCAAUGGUGAAGAUGGGAAACAUUGGUGUGCUUACAGGGAAGCAAGGAGAGAUUAGGAAACAGUGUGGCUUUGUUAAUUAAUUAAUUAAUUAAGUAGGUGUUUUAUUGUUAUUAUUUUUAAUAAUGUUUAAUUUCGUAUGAAUAAGGGCAGAGAGAGAAGCGACAAUCAUGAGUAAAUCUCUGAAUGCAUGGAUAGUAGGUGCUAUGAUGAGAAUU